UGUUGUUGUUGUGACCGACAAACAAACAGUCAAUCGUUCAUUUAUUUAUAUUUGUACUCCGAAAUAAACAGAAGAUUGUUUAAUUUCACUUUGGCGAUGGCGAGUUUGGAUGAAAAGUGGAAAGCUGUGGACAAGUUUGAGCCUGUUGUGGUAGAUCGUGAAAGAGAUGUUGUUCGAGUGACAAAAGAACUGUAUGAUCUUCAUAACAACAGAAAACAACUCAGGGGUGUAACAAGUAGUUGCGACUAUCGCUUGACCAUACCAUUCGCCCCCCACAUCUUCGGCUCGGGCAAAACGACCUUUGCCCAAAACUAUUUGGAGUUGGUGCAAAGGUUUGGUGAAACUUUUCUGUCGACGUUUGCUUCGGACCCUUCGAGCAGAACCUUUUUGGAGAAGCUGAAAAAGGCUUCGUUGCUUUAUGCGGAUUUAAGGGAGUUGAAGCCCACAGAACCGAAAGAACGCAACCUAAAGUGGGCAGUAUACUAUUUAUUGUACCGAUCAGCUUGUAAUCAAAUGGGUCUACCGUUUAUGAAGCCUGAUGAAGCCUACAGACACAUUCCUCCCUAUCCAAGCUUUCUAAUUCCAGAGCUACGGAAGACUUUGGGCAUUCCUUCCGAUCAAUAUCUUUUGUUAGCAUUUGACGAAGUUGGGGGGCCUGAGACAAAAGUAACGACGAAUUUCAACUCAAGAAAAACCACAAAGGGUUUAAGUAUUAAGAAUGAUGUCGCUUCUGGGCUAUCAAAAGUCAUACUACAUUUUAUCCCUUUAUCACCUUUGGACGCUUCCAGUAUCGUUGAAUUCCUUGAAAAAAGUCUUCUAAAGACACCUACUCAAGAACCAGUUUGUAAUGUCUUAUGUAGUUCUUCAUUUUCAGUAAAUGAAUUGGCAGACUCAUUAUUGGAAUGUACAGGUGGAGUUCCUGGUUUGUUAACUCGUGCAGUAAAUAUGCUUUUGAAUUAUAUAAUAGCAAGAAACCAGCCUUUCAUAUCGAAAGAAGAAUGUUUGACGUGUAUGAACGACUACGAUUUCCGAAGAAUUUGCACUGAACCAUUUGUGGAACAAAUAUUGAAUUUGGACGAAGAUAGAAAAAGUGUUUUUGAUAUACUUUUGAUGAUGGCACUUUAUCGUAUACCGUUUAAAGUAGAUGACAGAUUGACCUCGGAGUCCUUUUUAUAUGAUGCAGUAACUGAAAUGGGACUAUAUCGAUAUCCUAUUGACCAGAAUACUUUGCAAAUCCUGAUUCCAAAAGUAUUUGUUGGAAUCUUCAAGAAGGACCCUUCCAUAUCCACUUUGGAAAAGAUACUUCUCGAAUCACUUGAUGUAGAACCAGUAGAUUGUUUCUUCUAUUCAAAGUGUCGUGUAUUUGAAGGAAUUGUUGCUUUACGACUAGUUUUGAUGUUGUCUUCAAAGAAUCGAAAUGAGUUGAGGGAAUUGUUCUGUCAAUUGUCUCCAAUAUGGAAACAAAUGAAACUUCCAAUCAGCACAAUAUCACCUAUUCACUAUAUCAAGUCUGUCGUUAGUUCUAGAGAAACAAGAAAUGAAUCGAACAAGAGUCGAAGAACUUUUGCCAAUACUGAAUGGAAUAAGAUUAUUCGAGAGACACUUUAUUUAGAGACUAUUUACAUUCCUUUGGACGCUACUUCUCAUAGUCCUGAUAUUAUAUUCAAAUUACAAUCUCCUGUGGAACCCAAAGUUCUUACUGUUGGAGUUGCAUGUAAAGGACGCUGGAAGUCGGAAGGAAUUGGCUGGUCAGAUAUUAUAGAUGAAGCCAAGAAAUUUUUAGAUCCUGUUUAUGAUCAAGUCUUAUCCAGUGCAAUGGAUUAUCAUCAUUGUAUGCUUAUUAUCGUUAGUACAAAGUUAUCAUUGAAUGUUUCUAAUGAGUUGGGUAAUCAAAGUCGUUGUUACUCCAGUGGAAUGUUUAUUGGAAAUGAUUCUUUCAAAGUACCUGAUAAUUGUGAACUUGUUAUUCUUUGUGAAAGAGAUGUCCAAAUGCUGAUUGACGAAGAAAUAUUGAGCGGACUUGAAAGAGCAUUUCAUGUUUCUCAUAAUCCUACUUUUUGGGAUUUUGGAUUAGAUUUACUUGAUAGAAUCCGUAACAGUUUCUUAAGCUGGCAAUAGAUUCUAACUCAGUCCUUCACUUUGUGAUUUGUUUUGAAGAGCAAGUAAACUUUUUUUUGUAUGUUUGAAACUCGGUUACAACUUAUUUGC